AUUAUAAUUAUAAAUCCCGUGUACACGUGCUUUAAUCAGCGAGGCAAGUGUGACUGUUUGUAACUUCCUGUUUGGACCGGACACAAUCUGUGCACCUGAAGCGAAGACAUCUGUGGUGUGAAGCUGUUGGAAACAACUAUUAUAUGAAAGCAGACACAGAGGAUGGCUGAAGGUGUGAGGCGAAGGAGAAAGCUGAAGCCCGUGGAGGAGGCCAUACAGUUUUCACUUGAACAGAAAGACAAGAAUGGACUCGAGGGCAGGUUCAUCAGUCAUCUUAAAGGGAGGGGUGUGUUCAGCUGUACUGACUUUGAGAAAGGAGAUUUCCUGCUGGAAUACAGAGGAGACCUCAUCAGCAAAGAAGAAUGUGAGCGGAGGCAAAGAAUAUAUCACGAUGCACUUAAAGUUUUCAUGUUUGAGUUUCGCUACAAUGGAAAACUCCUCUGUGUCGAUGCAGCCCGAGAUGACGGUUCUCUUGGGCGGCUUGUAAACGAUGACCAUAUUAACCCAAACAGCAGGAUGAAGACGAUUCGUGUGGAUGGAAAACCUCACUUAUGUUUAUUUGCCACAAGGAGCAUCUGUCCUGGUGAAGAGAUCACAUAUGAUUAUGGUGAUUCUGAGUGGCCAUGGAGAUGCACGACUCUUAGUGUGGUUGAACCGUCCACUCUUGAAGUCAACACUCUGUCCCAGUCAGAAGACACAGACGUAGAGAAGACUCUUAGUGUGGUUGAACCGUCCACUCUUGAAGUCAACACACUGUCCGAGUCAGAAGACACAGACGUAGAGAAGCUGAAAGUUGUCAGUGAUCAGUCAGUGUUGGACUCCAGUAUCUGUGCAGCCUCUGAAGGACUGGAAAAGGUGACUCUGAAUAAGGACCAGUUACUAUUGGAUGAUCAGGACUGUGUUGAGAAGAUGUCACCUGUCAAAGAGCAUGUGUUGAAUGAGGAGCAGAGCUUUUGUGCCCCAGUUGAAGGAGUUAAGGAGGUCUGCAGACAUGUUGUGGUCACUUCAGCAAUAUCAAGCAUGGAUAAAUGUGCUGAAUGUGUGGGACCUGUUGCAGCUCUCAAGUGGAUUGGCCUGAGAUGUAAAUUGUGCUCCAGUUUUUGGCAUAAGUCCUGCUAUCUGAAGCGUCAUGAAUGGGAUGGAAGACGGUCAUCGUGUGAAGUAAGUUCAGAGGAAGAUGAGCUGUCAGAUGAGGAUUACAUACCUCAGUCAGAGUCAGACCAUCAGUCAGACAGUUCAGAUGGUUGA